AUUCCUGCCGUCUACUUUUGUCUCUACGUGGAGGAGGCAGGACUCCAAACUGGACGCAGUCUGGAAUUUCAGGCGCACCGACAUCACAACUUUCUCUGACUGACCACAUCAGGUCAAUCAUAGAAAAAUGACAGGAAAAAUAACAAAAGAGGAGGAGGAGGAGAUGAGAGAAAUUUUUGGGAAAAUUGAUCUGGACGGCAACGGAUUCAUUUCGGAUUACGAACUUGGUGAGCUCCUUAAAGAGGCUGGCCACGCCCUCCCCGGAUACAUGGUCCGAGAGAUCCUCCAGAAACUUGAUCGCAACAAGGACAAUCAGAUCAGCUUUGAUGAGUUUUUGUCGAUUGUCAAGGAGCUGAAGGGCAGUCAAAUAGCAAAAACUUUCCGUAAGGCCAUCAACAGAAAAGAAGGCAUCCUGGCCAUUGGAGGGACGUCCGAGCUGUCAAGCGAAGGCACACAACACUCGUACUCUGAGGAAGAGCGAUACGCUUUUGUGAACUGGAUCAACACUGCUUUGGAAAAAGACCCAGAUUGCCAACAUGUCCUGCCCAUGGAUCCCAACACAGACUCUCUCUUCACAUCUGUGGGAGAUGGGAUAGUGCUCUGCAAAAUGAUCAACCUCUCAGUGCCAGACACCAUUGAUGAGCGGACCAUUAAUAAGAAGAAGCUGACGCCAUUUACAAUACAGGAGAAUCUGAACCUGGCUCUGAACUCUGCAUCAGCCAUCGGUUGCCAUGUGGUGAACAUUGGCGCUUUAGACCUGAAAGAAGGGAAACCCCAUCUGGUGCUCGGGCUGCUUUGGCAGAUAAUCAAGAUCGGUCUUUUUGCUGAUAUCGAACUCAGCAGAAAUGAAGCGCUGGCAGCAUUGCUGAGAGACGGGGAAACCCUGGAAGACCUGAUGAAGCUGUCACCAGAAGAACUGCUGCUACGCUGGGCAAACUUUCACCUGGAAAAUGCUGGCUGGCAGAAGAUCAACAACUUCAGCUCGGAUAUCAAGGACUCGAGGGCCUACUUCCACCUUCUGAAUCAAAUCUCUCCAAAAGGCACAGAGGAGGAUCAGCCACGUAUUGACAUCAAUAUGUCAGGUUUCAGUGAGAAGGACGACAUGAAGAGAGCAGAAGCCAUGCUGCAGCAAGCCGACAGGCUCGGCUGUCGGCAGUUUGUCACCCCAGCUGACGUCAUCAGUGGAAAUCCCAAACUUAAUCUUGCCUUUGUGGCCAAUCUGUUUAACAAAUAUCCGGCGCUGACCAAACCUGAGAAUCAGGACAUUGACUGGGGGCUGUUGGAGGGUGAGACAAGAGAAGAGAGGACAUUUAGAAACUGGAUGAACUCUCUUGGCGUGAACCCUCAUGUGAAUCAUCUGUAUGGAGAUCUACAGGAUGCCCUGGUCAUCCUCCAACUGUAUGAGAAGAUUAAAGUGCCUGUUGACUGGAACAACAAGGUCAACAAGCCACCUUAUCCUAAACUGGGAACCAACAUGAAGAAGUUGGAGAAUUGUAACUAUGCAGUGGAACUGGGCAAAUCAGCCAAGUUCUCUCUCGUUGGCAUUGGCGGGCAGGACCUGAAUGAUGGCAACGCUACCCUGACCCUGGCACUGGUGUGGCAGCUGAUGAGGAGAUACACAUUGAAUGUACUGGAGGACCUGGGUGAUGGAGAGAAAGUAAACGAUGACAUCAUUGUGAAAUGGGUAAACAAAACUUUGGCAGAAGCUGGAAAAUCAACCAAAAUCUCAAGUUUUAAGGACAAAGAGAUCAGCAGCAGUUUGGCGGUUUUGGAACUGAUAGACGCCAUCCAGCCUGGCAGCAUCAGCUAUGAGCUUAUCAAAACCGGCAGCCUCUCUGAAGUUGACAAGCUGGAGAAUGCCAAAUACGCCGUCUCUAUGGCGAGGAAGAUCGGCGCUCGUGUCUACGCUCUCCCAGAGGACCUUGUGGAGGUCAAACCCAAAAUGGUGAUGACAGUCUUUGCCUGUUUGAUGGGUCGGGGGAUGAAGCGCGCCUAAGCUGGAAUCAUUGUGACACUUACCCAUCCCACAAGGCAUCAGCAUUUUUAAAGCGCCCCCCCAACUGAAGGAACAUUUUUUUUCUCUCAUCUUGAAUGAGUCAGAAUCAAACAUUUGCAUGUACCCUGCCUUUUUUCAUUGACAGAAGUAUUUUCUGAAGGAUCGCGUAUUGUCCUCCUGUUGAAGGUGAGGCUACAAUACUAAAAUGUUUAGAGAUUCAUUAACCUCUUACUCUCAAUAUGGAAAACUCAAUAAAAGGAGGCUGUUUUUAAAAGGGAGCAUGCAUAUUUUCAGCUGCAAGGUUGUUUACAUAUUUUUUUACUGAGACUGAUAAGUAAGUUAUCGCCUUGACUAAGCAACAGACAUUCCUGAAUACCAUCCUUAUGAAUAUAUGCUUGAGAAGGCCAACAAUAAAAACAUAAGUCCAGAGAGGAUGGAUGUUUAAGUGCAGUGCACGUUAAAAAAGAAAAAAACCUGAACAUCUCUUACUUAUUGAAGUAAAAGCAUGUCUUAGUAACUGGCACAGUGGAUGUCGACAUAUCUGUAUACAGAAGCCAUAAAGCGGCCAUGUUAUGGUGAUGAUCAGCAAGAUGUACCGUCUGUGUUCUUGUGCUCGUCACUUGUUUGUUUCUUGGGAUCAUUAUGUCAUGUUCUGUAAAUGCUGUUUUAAGGGAUGUCUGGUCUGUGUUAUAUUGGGCCUUUUUUUUCUAUGUGUCUGUUAUGUUGGAUGAGGAGCAGGCUCAUUAGACUCUGCUGGCUUCUGCUGUGCCUUCUAGUCUCAAAAACGAGUUUGUAUUUCUGCUUUGAGGUUUUCCUUUCUUCUCUCAUAUUCAACAUUACCAAAUAUAAACAAUAAUUUCAUUCCAGAUAGCUCCAUGAUAUUCUUUGACAAUGGCCAAAUUGUAUUUGGUCUCGUGUUCAUGUCUACUCGUAAGUGCUUUAUAUGUAACAAUAAAUAUGACUUUGAAAACAG